CAAUUUUGAUGGGUGUUCGUGGAGCAGUUUUAGCAGUGGUGAUAGGUUUAAUUAUUGGAUUUUUCAAGACAACAAGAAAUGAUUAUAAAUCAAAUGGAAUGGUACAACAAAUUUUUCAACCAAUUCGAGAAACUUUUGAUGAAAUUUUAUCAAGAGAAAAAGAAGGAUUAGCAUUUGCUGCAUAUAAAAAUGAUCAACUUAUUGUUGAUCUUUGGGGUGGUUAUGCUGAAAGAGCUGCAUAUCGUGAAUGGGAUCGUGAUACGAUGACAGUAGCAUUUUCGUCAACAAAAGCUGUUGGUGCUUUAAUUAUUGCAAUUCUUGUUAGCCGUGGACAACUACAAUAUGAAGAUAAAAUUGUUAAAUAUUGGCCAGAAUUUGGUGCUCAAAAUAAGGAAAAUAUUACCGUUCAAUGGAUUCUUGAACAUAAAACAAAACCGAAAUGGCCUGCUGGUACAGCAAGAGGUUAUCAUGCAUUAACAUUUGGUUGGCUAUUAGAUCAAAUUGUACGACAUUGUGAUCCAUUAAAACGUGGCAUUGCGCAAUUUUAUCGUGAUGAAAUUCAGAAAUAUAUGGAUGAUAAGGAUUUCUAUUUGGGUUUACCUCGCGAUGAACAUUAUCGUGUUGCUCGAAUUAUUCAACCAACAAUGUUUGAAUUUAUCUAUGGAAUGGCUAGCACUACGAAAUAUUAUCUACUCAUUUGGAAAUGUUUCUUGAGCUUUUUUCGUUGUGAAAUAUAUGCUACCAGCAAAUAUCCAUCAUGGCUUAGUUUUCUAGAUGAUGAGAUGCCGUAUAAUAAUCCAGCCGUUCGGGAAGUAGAAAAUGUUGCAGUAUUAGGUAUCGGAACUGCUCGAGGGCUUGCAAAUGUUGUUUCAACUAUUUGGAAGAAAAAUUUAAUAAGCGAAGAGAUUUGGAAACGAUUAAGUAUGCCGGUAGAAUAUGCAAAUGAUAGAAUAACCUAUUUCAAGAGCUAUCAUGGUCAUGGUUUCCUCUACAAACCACAUCCAAUUCGACCAAACAAGUAUGUAAUGUUUCAUCCUGGUCACGGAAGUCAAAACUUGAUCAUUGAUCCGUUCAGUAAGACAGUGGUAGUGAUGAUGAGAAAUGCUAUAGUAUGGAAACGAAGUGCGCUCGAUGAAAGUUUUGCUCUGGCAAAUAAUAUCAUUCAAAUUACUAAUAUGAAUUCUUAAAUAAUUCAAUCUGUGUAUUAUUAGCUGUAAGUGAUUCCUUUUCUUUGUUGUUCCCAUUAUUUAUCACUCUUUUAUAAAUGCAAGAAAUGUAAUAAAGAAAAAAA